AUGGGGUUUAAAGGCUAUACUCAGUUUCUGCUUGCAACUGACUCCAAAGAAGCAGUGGCAAUGCUCAAGGGAGCUUUGGAAUGGCGAAGUAAUUUGGGUAAUGUGGUGGAGGAUAUUAGACAAUUAAUGGCGGAUCGUGGGGUGGUUGAUGUGGUGUUUCAACCUCGCGAUGGAAAUGGGGCUGCACAUGCACUGGCCUAG